CGUUAUCUGUCGGUAUGGGGUUGGGGGCCAGAUGCGGAGGUGAUAACUACACCCAUGCGCGCAUCGUAAGUCGUUGCGAUUGCGACAUAUCACAACAUAGCUGUGGACCCUCGCGCCACUGGCGACGGCGGAACGGAGUGCCGGCUAUCGUCGAACCGUUAGACUACGGAGGCGACACGCGCGGGCGUCUUUGAGCAUAUUUAGAUAGAUGUUGGCGCAUUUUGACAUCAAAGAUAGAAGGGAGACAAUAUUCAUCCAGUCCUCUUACACGUCAGUCAACAGUUUCUCGCCUGUUGCGGUUUCCCACUCGCGUUGAUCCCUUCCCCAGAUUCAAGCGACAAAACAAUCAUUUGUUCGGAGAACUCAAGAAUCUAAUCUCAAAGGUCGUUCAAAAUGAGUAGCAACGCCCGUUCGGUUCCUGCAACCGACCCCAAAGUCUACGAUGAGUACCAGCAGAAGUGGUCGUUACUCCCUACGGAUGAAGCUGCGUGGCUUCAAAGAGCCAAAGAUGUUGCAGAUGUACUAGCCGUAGACGCUGCGCAGCGUGAGAGGGAGAACAAGUCACCCAGAGCUGAGAUUGCGCUGCUGAAGUAUUCUGGUCUUCUCAAAGUCCUAGGAUGGAAGAAGUACGGCGGUGGUGAGCAGCCUUGGAGUGUCGGUUACAAGGUGAUUCGCGAGGUUGCCAAGGGAGACGGAUCAAUUGGCAUGCUCCUGGGAUACCAUUUACUCUGGUCAACAACGGCCAAUGUCAUUGGUAGUUCAGAACAGGCAGAUCGGACUCAGGAUCUCAUCAUUUCUAACAACUACUUUGUCGGUGGUGCCGUAAACCCUCGCGAUAGCGAUCACAAGAUCACUUCAGACGGCGAUAAUGUUAUAUUCAAUGGCUUCAAGAACUUCAACACAGGCGGAGUUAUCUCCGACUUGACUGUUCUCGAAGGUGUCCUUGAGGGUACGGAUGACCACCUGUAUGCGUUGGUGAAGACUGACCAGCCGGGAAUCAUCUUUUCUCACAACUGGGAUAAUGUUGGCUUGCGUCUGAGUGAGUCGGGAAGCGUCAAGAUUGAGAAUGUCACUGCGCCCUGGUCUGAUGCACUGGGAUGGAAUGCCGCCGAGAAAAAGCCAGAUGACUCAGUUCUCAAGAUCCCGUUUGCAAGUCUGCUUCUUCCCACCAACAGCAUUCAACUCGUUUUCAGCAACUUCUACAUCGGUAUUGCAUGGGGUGCGUUGGAUUUUGCCUCAGCCUACACUAGGAAAAACACACGGGCCUGGCCCUUCGGCGGCGAUGAUAAGGAGAAGGCCGAGGAUGAGUUCUAUAUCCUGUCCACCUAUGGAAACUUCCUUGCUCAUCUCCGUGCGGCCGAUGCACUUGCCGACAAGGCGGGUCUCGAGAUUGAUGCAUUGUACAAGUACUCUGGGGAUCCAUCAACUAGGGCUAAGGUCACUGCAAAGGCUCGAGGAGAAGCAGCAGAGUGGGUUGCUAGUGUCAAGGUCACGGCAACUGAUACGGGACUUCGGGUUACGUCCGGUGUGUUCGAGGUGACGGGCGCGAAAGCCACCGGAACCAAGGUUGGCCUUGACAGAUUCUGGAGGGAUAUCAGGACACACAGUCUGCAUGAUCCUGUGUCUUACAAGAACCGUGAGCUUGGUAGAUAUCAGCUGCUGGGCGAGAUUCCCGAGCCAACAUGGUACACUUAG